AUGGAUCCCGUUCAUCGCACCUCUUCUCCCUACAUUGAUCCGACCGUCAAAGGCCCUCAAUCCAAGAUCCUCUCCCGCAAUCAUCCCAACAUCCAGGAAAAAAUGGUCACCACUACCGUCAACAAGACAAGCCUCCACCCCAGCGGUGUCGCUCCUCACCCGGAGCCGCACACUGAAAUCGAGGAGCAACUCCAUGAGCAGGCUCACAUUGACUACAACCGUGUCGCCAUUAUUUCCCACCCUUCAGUCCCCGCCCUCUACGAAGAUGCUUUGGUCUACGAGCCGGGUUCCGGUAUCUCGGCUACCGGUGCCCUGACUGCCUACUCUGGCAAGAAGACCGGCCGCUCUCCCUCAGACAAGCGCAUUGUCAAGGAGCCGUCAUCAGAAAAGGACAUCUGGUGGGGCCCUGUCAACAAGCCUAUGACCCCUGAUGUCUGGAAGAUCAACCGCGAGCGUGCGAUCGACUACCUGAACACUCGCAGCCGCCUGUACGUCAUUGACGGUUACGCCGGCUGGGAUGAACGCUACCGGAUCAACGUGCGCGUCGUGUGCGCGCGCGCCUACCAUGCCUUGUUUAUGCGCAACAUGCUGAUCCGGCCACCCCCGGAGGAGCUGGAGCACUUCCAUCCCGACUACACCAUCUACAACGCUGGCUCGUUCCCUGCCAACCGUUACACCGAGGGCAUGACCUCUGGUACCUCCGUCGCCAUUAACUUUGCCGAGAAGGAGAUGGUCAUCCUCGGUACCGAGUACGCUGGUGAGAUGAAGAAGGGCGUCUUCACAGUUCUUUUCUAUGAGAUGCCCAUCAAGCACAACGUCCUGACACUGCACUCGUCUGCCAAUGAGGGCAAGAACGGCGAUGUCACCCUCUUCUUCGGUCUGUCCGGAACUGGCAAGACCACUCUCUCUGCCGAUCCCAACCGUGCCCUGAUUGGUGACGACGAGCACUGCUGGUCCGACAAGGGUGUCUUCAACAUUGAGGGCGGCUGCUACGCCAAGUGCAUUGGCCUAUCCGCCGAGAAGGAGCCGGAUAUUUUUGGCGCAAUCCGCUUCGGCUCCGUCCUCGAGAACGUUGUCUUCGACCCCGAGACCCGCACUGUCGAUUACGACGAUGCCACCCUCACCGAGAAUACCCGUUGCGCGUACCCCAUCGAGUACAUUUCCAACGCCAAGAUCCCCUGCUUGUCCAACUCGGCCCCGAGCAACAUCAUCCUUCUCACCUGCGACGCCCGCGGCGUCCUGCCCCCCAUCUCCAAGCUCAACAGCGCCCAGACCAUGUUCCACUUCAUCUCCGGUUACACCUCCAAGAUGGCCGGCACCGAGGACGGUGUCACCGAGCCCCAGGCCACCUUCUCUUCGUGCUUCGCCCAGCCGUUCCUGGCCCUGCACCCCAUGCGCUACGCCCAGAUGCUUGCCGACAAGAUCGAGCAUCACAAGGCCAACGCCUGGCUGCUCAACACCGGCUGGGUCGGUGCGGGUUUCGCCCAGGGUGGCAAGCGCUGCCCCCUCAAGUACACCCGUGCCAUCCUCGACGCUAUUCACUCCGGUGAUCUCGCCAAGGUCGAGUACGAGAACUACGACGUCUUCAACCUGCAGGUCCCCAAGUCGUGCCCCAACGUCCCCUCGGAGCUGCUCAACCCCAAGGCUGCCUGGACGGCUGGUUCCGACUCCUUCAACACCGAGGUCCGCAAGCUGGGUGGUCUGUUCAUCGAGAACUUCAAGAAAUACUCGGACGAGGCCACGCCCGACGUCGUCAAGGCCGGUCCUGUCAUCUAA